AUGUCCAAGUACACAUGGGAACGGAUCCCUCCCAACUUGGCCCACACGUUCCACGUGUACCAGGCAGCCUGUGAGCGACAGCAGCUCAGUCUGAAUGUGGUAAUCCGUCAAUUUUUAAAAAGGUCGUCAGACAGAUAUGGCCUCUUCGUCAAGGAUAAGCUCUCGAGGGUUCAGGGCAAUGAAAUGAAUAGAAAGCACUUUGAUCCCAUGGUGGCCGAGAUUCUUUCUCCAAUAACUAAAACUCCGCUUCGAUUAAAUGGCGUGGAAGCUCUUUCCAUAGAAGAUAUCAUGGCAAAAGCAGGGUUCAAGGCACCUGCUGAAAAGCCUUUAAUUAGUGGGAAGAUCAAGGCCACACAAAACACUAGUGACUUCCAGGCACAUAUUCUUUCCUUAUUUGCAUCCACGUGUUCUCCAUUGCAUUGCAUACCGCCACAUAGCGGUGCCCUCAACUCGUUUCGCUGGUACAGAAAGCUUCUAGCAUCCACCCCAGUGAUCAUCUUCCUCCGACAACCACAGCGACUUCUUUCUGAGACGUCGAUUCAGGAGAUCAAUUUGCCCUUCGAAAAUCUACGAUCGCAAAUUGGAGAGCUUUCGUUGAAGUACAGGCAAUCGUCGUUGAAUGAGCAGAGAAUCAGGAAUUACCACCUUACAAACUUGGUCACUCCAGAUUUGCUUCGCCUUGCGUCAGACUCGCUUAAUGCUGCAACGCAACAAAAUUGGCACAAAAAUUCCGUUUGGAGUGAUUCACACAAUCUGGAUCCGUUCUGCGAUACGCUUAUAGAUAUUCAGCGACCACAGAUAAAUGCUUUGGGUCAGAAAAAUCAAACAAUGAAUCUAGAGGAUGACUAUUUAAAAACAAAAUUUCCUCUUCACUCCAUUCAAAAGCAAAUUUUGCUGGCGGAAGAACCAUUCGAUUUGAAAAGAGUGUUUCCCUAUGACGUUCUGUUCUCGGACAUUCACAUCUUGACGAUUGAAGAGCCAAUCCUAUACGAUAGCCACGAAAGGCUUCUAGAUGUUCUAGAGCUGCAGGAAGAGAUGGAGAUUUUGGCAGUUCGAUUGAAUUUGUUCACGCCUCUUGUAGCGAACAGCCUUCUUGAAGCAUCCUCCAGGCCAGAACGCAAGGGAAUUCGCAGCCAGGAUAUGGAUUACCACCAAUUGUUGCAGUUGGCUCAGGAGUCACGGAAACGAACACCACAAGCCGAAAAUGAAAGCAACAUGACGUCAUUCUUGGAGCGUUUAGGUGAAUUAGGACUUGUACGUGUUGAAGAAGGCGUCACAAAAAAAUCCAUUACAAUCUUGAGGUAG